UUCCCGCGACCGGUCGCGCGGUGGAGCAAGCGCGGAAGGCUUGGCGGGCGGUGCGUAGCUAUGGAACCGGACGGGACCUAUGAGCCGGGUUUCGUGGGUAUUCGAUUCUGCCAGGAAUGUAACAACAUGCUUUACCCCAAGGAGGACAAGGAGAACCGCAUUCUGCUCUACGCGUGCCGGAAUUGUGAUUACCAGCAGGAAGCCGACAACAGCUGCAUCUACGUCAACAAAAUCACGCACGAAGUGGACGAACUGACCCAGAUCAUCGCUGACGUGUCCCAGGACCCCACGUUGCCGCGGACCGAGGACCACCCGUGCCAAAAGUGUGGCCACAAGGAGGCGGUGUUCUUCCAGUCACAUAGUGCCCGUGCCGAGGACGCCAUGCGCUUGUACUAUGUGUGCACGGCCCCACACUGUGGCCACCGCUGGACCGAGUGAAUCAUCCUUUCCCACGUGUAAUAAAUACUGUGUUCUGUGCGUGCA